AUGGGCUCUUAUGACUUACUCUAUUAUUUAUCUUUGGCUCAGCUUGGAGAAGCGCUAAAACAUAGAAUCCCAAACUUGAACAAGGACGAGAUUCAAGGGAUGUACAUUUCGUUAGACGAAGACAAAGAUCAAAGAAUAAGUAAGAACGACUUCUUGUCCUGCUUAAGAAAAAACCCACUUCGCAUAGCUAUCUUCCCAAUCGAAAAUACAAACGCCGACUUCCUUAUAUGUUGA